UCAAAGAGAAGGAAAAAGGGAUCGGAGAUCGCUGAGAGCGCCAGCGGGCACGGCUGAGGUGCCCAUGGCGGGUCGGAAGCGCGGCGCAGGCGCCGGCAGUGCCCACGGUGGCACGGGUGGCGCGGUGCCGUGGCCGGAGGAGCCGGGCGAGCGCGAGCAGGGCCUGUACUCGCUGCACCGCAUGUUCGACAUCGUGGGCGCGCAGCUGACGCACCGCGACGUGCGCGUGCUCUCCUUCCUCUUCGUGGACGUGCUGGACGAGGCCGAGCGCGGCCGCAUCCGCUCGGGCCGCGACUUCCUGCUGGCCCUGGAGCGCCAGGGCCGCUGCGACGAGAGCAACCUGCGGCAGCUGCUGCAGCUGCUGCGCAUCAUCACCCGCCACGACCUGCUGCCCUACGUCAGCCUCAAGAGGCGGCGCCCCGUUUGCCCGGACCUGGUGGACAAGUACCUGGAGGAGACGUCCAUCCGCUACGUGACCCCCCGCGCGCCCGGGGGGGCCCCGCCCGGCCUCGGCCACCCCCACAAAUCAGUGCCUGCCCCCCACCCAUCCCUGUGCUGCCCCCCGGGGGGGCCCCAGCUGGGCCCCAAGCGCCCGGGCCGGGCCCGGAGCCUCCUCGGGAGCCAACGGAAACGGAGAAAGUCAGCGACCCCCGACCCCAAGGAGAAACAGACCUGCGACAUCCGCCUGCGCGUGCGCGCCGAGUACUGCCAGCACGACUCCGCCCUGCACGGCAACGUCUUCUCCAACAAGCAGGACCCUCUGGAGCGCCAGUUCGAGCGCUUCAACCAGGCCAACACCAUCCUGAAAUCGCGGGAUUUGGGCUCCAUCAUCUGCGACAUCAAAUUCUCGGAGCUCACCUACCUCGACGCCUUCUGGCGGGAUUACAUCAACGGCUCCCUCCUGGAGGCCCUCAAGGGCGUCUUCAUCACGGACUCGCUCAAACAGGCCGUGGGCCACGAGGCCAUCAAGCUGCUGGUCAACGUGGACGAGGAGGAUUACGAGUUGGGUCGCCAGAAACUCCUCAGGAACUUGAUGCUCCACACGGCUCCCUGAGGGAUUCACCCCCGCCCUGCCCCCAGUUUGGGUUUUUUCGGGGUUUUUUUGGGAUUUUCCUGGUUUUUUCCUCUUCCCCCCCCUUCCCCCGGUUCUUUGGCGGAGUUUCGCUCGUGGAUUUGGGGAGGGUUGGAGGUGUGGGGGAUUCCGGGAUUUGGAGGUUUUUGGGGGUUCCUGAUGGGUUCUCCUUGUGUUUUCCAUGGGGUUUUCCCCUCCUGUUUUUUCUUUUGUAUCCAUUAAAAUGGUGAUGAAAAGGCAAAAAUCCCAUUGGUGCCACAUGCUGGGAUGUGGAAUA